GCCUCCCCGCUCCCCGGCCACCUCCAUCCGCCUCUCCUCCCCACCCUCCCCAUCAUACCACCACGGAGACACGUCGGACAGUUCGCCUCCCCGUUCACCUAGCUCCACGGCCUUUCCUUCAACCCCAAACCCCAGUUUUAGCCUCUACGCCAUCAUGGCUCGCGUCGUCCAGUCGGCGAAGAAGGCGCUGCUCCCGGCGGAGCCCUCCAGCUACCAGUCCAUCCCGAACGUGGACUAUGGCGAAGGGGAGUCCAGCUCCCUGCACGGGUCUAGAUCGUCCGAGGGACCGCACAAAACCUCGGUGUUCGAAUAUGGAAUCUUUGUGCUCUUGGGCGUUGCCAUGUAGGUUGUCCUGCGAAGCUUGUCUCGCGCGCCGUUCCGGACCGAGGUAGCUAACGGCUAGUCAUACCGUCAAGGCUGUGGAGUUGGAACAUGUUUAUGGCCUGCGCGACCUACUUCCAACGACGCUUCUCGGAGAACGAGUUUAUCCUCAACAAUUUCCAAUCCAUGAUUCUCGGUGUCAGCACCUUUACGAAUCUCGGCGUCAUGAUCUACUUGUCCAACAGACAGAGCACAGCGAAUUACCCUUUCCGUAUAUGCACUUCGCUCGUGCUGAACUGUGUCACGUUCACGAUACUCGCCUUGUCGACCAUCAUGUUUACGGUCGGUGCGACGUCGUACUUGGCGUUGGUCUUGCUCUGUGUCUGCGUUGCGGCCGCCAGUUGUGGCUUCAGCCAGAAUGGCGUGUUUGCGUUCGUGAACAGAUUCGGCGGAGUCUACACGCAAGCCAUCAUGACCGGUCAAGGUAUUGCUGGAGUGCUGCCUGCGAUAGCCCAGAUCGUUUCGGUUCUUGCGAUUCCGCAAUCUGCGCAGGAGACGGGAACCUCUUCUUCACCAAAGUCGGCAUUCGCGUAUUUCAUGACCGCAACCGUCGUUUCCGGAUUCUGCCUUCUCUUAUUCUUGGUACUCCUUCGCCGUCACAGCAUCAGCCUCAACUGCAAAUCACAGGCAACGACUCUUUCCUCCAGUGAUUCGGAGGAGGACGACGAGGGGGGGAUUGUGGUCCGGAGGUCUGUGCCACUUAUAGAUUUGUGGCGGAAACUGAAGAUUCCGGCCAUCGCCAUCUUCUUCACCUUUUGCUGCACAAUGGUCUUCCCGGUCUUCACCCAAGCCAUCAUCUCGGUACACCCCGAUGGCUCCGGUCGAGCAUUCCAGCCGGAUGUCUUCAUCCCAACCGCCUUUUUGCUUUGGAACGUUGGUGAUCUGUCCGGCCGCAUAGUUUGUGGGUGGGAGAGGGCUAUCAUUCGGAAGUCCAGCUGGUUGGCCAUCCUGCCAGUGGCAAGACUAGUCUUCAUACCGUUGUACUUUAUGUGCAACGUCAACGGUCGGGGAGCUUUCAUCAAGAGCGACUUGUUUUACAUGUUUGUGCAGCUGGGCUUCGGCUUCACUAGCGGUUGGAUCGGAAGUAGUUGCAUGAUCGUGGCGCCGGACUACGUUGAUGAGGAUGAGAAGGAGGCCUGCGGUGGCUUCAUGGGGUUGUGCUUGGUGCUUGGCCUGGCAACGGGUAGUAUGUUGAGUUUCUUGAUACUCAAUUGAUUAGAUAUCGAGGUUUUUGGGGGUACUGUCGGCUUUGGGGAUUGGGUGCUUUGGACUUUGGACUUUGGAUUGCUUUGCUUGGAACUGCGUUUUUGGGCUCGUUUUUGUUACAGGGUGUGUCGAACUGGCGUUAUGGACUGCGACGUUGCUUGUUUCUUUUUCUGUUUAUCCUUUGUUGUACAUUCGGAGGCGUGUGAGAGAUAUCCUAGAUAUAUUUUUGGAGUGUUCUAGUAUGCAUGUA